UGAGAAAGGAGCAUUACCACUGACAUGUAUCCACAGUGUGGGACACUUGCAGCUGAUCUAUGGAGACACCAUACUGAGGUCCAUUCAGCAUUGAACAUGAACUGACUGCAUCGACAGAUUAAACAUGGACAACUUCUCUCUGUUAGUGCUCCUACUCUCAUUCUGGAUUCAAGUAGUUGGAGCUCAGGUGAAGCUCUCACCUGAAACACUAACCGUGCUGCGAGGACAGGAGGCCCGUUUUACCUGCACUGCCACCACCACCCAAUGGACCGUUAUGAUAUGGUUGCUGAAUAGUACAGCGGUUCUCACCAUCUCCAGGGACCUUGGUGUCCUGCCCUUCAUCACCGCUAAUGUGACGGCCAAGCCAGCCAGUGCCUCACAGAAAGACAGCUGGGUGUUUGUCCUGAAAAACACGCAGAGGCACAACCAGGGCCAAGUGACCUGUGACCUCCAGGGCAUUGAUAGGAAAACAGCAAGCCUGUUUGUACAAGAAAAGGGCAGUGUGAAAAUCACUGGCGACAACAGGCUGGCUUUUAAGGGUCAGUCGAUCCUGUUUGAAUGCCAAGCAGCAGGAUGGUUCCCUCAACCCACUCUGCAAUGGCAUGUGAAAGACAGAAAGGGGAUUGGCAUGGAGGUGAGACGGGGUGACUACAACAUCAGCAUUCAAGAGUCAGGGAAGAGCCUCUUCACUGUGACCAGCAACCUCAGCUUUUCGGCGGCAAAGAGCUCUCGUGUGGAUUGUCUGGCCUCUGUGUCUGCCCUCACCACACCACUGAAUAGCAGCGUCAAUCUGACAGUGGUUGCAGAGGUGGUGCAGGAGGAGGAUGACUGCACAGUCCCUCUGGCGGUAACGGCCUCUCUCUGUGCUCUUCUGCUGCUCCUCCUGCUCUGUAUCUGCACCGUCCUCUGGUACAGACAAAGGAGACAAGCAAAAUCGAGCCCACAGGAGACUACAUGGUUCGACCAAUCGGGGAGCGGGAGAAGCCCAGUUGCUGAGACAACAGGGGGGAAGGUCAACCUCGGAUACUCAAGUGAGGGCCCCACAGAUGCAGCUUACAAUGAGGUAAUCAUGGGAACUCGUAGGCAGGAGGACUUUGUCAGCUUUCCCAAGGUCCCGGACAUCGUGUCCUCCAGCAACCUCUCCCUACACAGUGAGAGCCAAGCCCAGGUGUGUCUAUCAGAGGAAAGCCCCAAGAACGUCAGGAGAAUUACCACAGUUUGAAUAUGUUUAUUAUGAUAUCAUUUGAUAUAAAAAUAUGAUGUCGAA